GACAGAGGGAACCAAAACAAGCGAAGUUUCACAAAUACAAUAUCCGUAAAAGACCCAAAAGAGGACCAAAAAUAGACCAACCAGUGAUGUGAGGACCAUUUGAGGACCCAGAAAGGGAGAAAAUGGCGUCCCUUGAGGAUAUAAGUGGUGGAGUAGGGUUAAAUACCACUAUUACUACUACGACUACCACUACUACUACUACUCCUACCACAGUGAAUGUUUCUAAUUUGUCCACCACAGUUCCACCACAGCCAGACGAAGGAGACGAGGAGGAGUUUUGCAAAUAUAUCCUCUACUUGGACAUAGCUGAUUCCAGGGUGGGUGUGUGGGACCUGCUGCUGCUGCUUCCUACGCUCCUGUUCCUCAUUGGGUUACUCGUGAAGAUCAACAGCGCUCGCCUCAAGCUCCGAGCCGUCCACAGCCCAAUCUAUGCCACCUUCUAUGGCCUGAUCUGGCUGAACACGCUGGUGUCCCUGGCGCGAUGCAUUGUAUCCAUGACAGUCAGCGCCACCACUCACUCCGGGGACGUGGCCAACAAGCUCCUGUACGUGGUGGUGUGUUUCUUUCUGCUUACCACGGAAAUGAGUGUUGUCAUCUUCGCUAUCUUCUUUGGGCAUCUCGACAACCGCACCAGCAUUCGCCGAGUACUGGUGGUGACUUCAAUGAUAGCCUUGCCCUAUGCCGCUGUACAGGGAGCCCUAGAGAUUCUGAAACCUGAUCCUGACUUCUUCGUAGCUGCCAGAAACUACGACUUGUUCGGUCACGGGGGCUGUCUCUUCUGGCUGGGCUCCUCCAUUGUGUUCACGCUGAUCUACUCGUUCAUCCUGUUGCUAAGGUUGGACUGCCUGCGGAAACGAUUUCUCUUCCUGCUGUGGAUGCCGAUGAAGAGAGCAUUCUACAUCUACCUGGCAUUCUUGGCUUGCCUGAACUUGGUGCAGAGUGUGGGUUGCCUUCUGCACCACUUGAGGAUCUUCCCUGGCCUGUGUCUAGUAAACUUCACUAGCUGGAUGUACUUCUCUCUCCUCACGCCCCUCAUCUACUACACCUUCAUCUCGGAGUUCUUUGGGCAGAAAAGUCGAGAACAAGUCGAAAACAUCGUCUUUUCGUACAAGUCAGAAGAUGAAGAUGACACAAGCUCCCUACCUCUACCUGGUCCUGAGUUCCCCCAGCAGAACAUAUAUCAGUGCAGCAGCGCCCCCUACAGCAGCCUUGGGGAGGAGGGCAUGGUGGUUGGGGGCCUCGUCAACACCCGCGACCUCCACACCACCCCAGUCAACCCGCUGUACACCGCCUCGCUCCAAAGUCCAGAUUCCAUCACCGGUUACUCCAUCAACUCCGUCGACGACAUCACCAUCAAUGCGUACAACAAGUCCCAGGCUCAGUGAUGAUGUGGUGAUGAUGAUCUGGUGGUGGUGACGUGUCCCGGUGGCCCCAAGACGUAAUGAGGAGGAGGAAGAAGAGAGAGAGAGAGAGAGAGAGAGAGAGAGAGAGAGAGAGAGAGAGAGAGAGAGAGAGAGAGAGAGAGAGAGAGAGAGAGAGCGAGUACGAUAAUGGAAUUUUUUUUAUUUUCCUCUUUUCUUUGAAUUUUUCUGGACAAAACUAGUCGACUCAAACUUUUAUUUAUUUAUUUAUUUAUUUAUUUUUAUUCCUCAACGUAAAGAAAAUAUAUAUUGAUGUUUUAUAUUUUUUUUAAAUGCAUCGUUUUUUUUUUUUCUGAUAGAUAUGGAAAAAUUUGUUACUUUAUUUUACAGUGACAAUUCUCGUACGUUUGAAAUUUUUUUUUUUUUUCAAUGUCUUUUUCCGGAAAUUCUAAUGAUUUUUCUUUCUUUUUAUUUUUUCAUUGUGUAUCUAUUAUUUUUUUCCAUAUCUUUCUUCCUCUUUCUUUUUUGUAGCGUGUGUUUGGAAAUGUUUAUCGAAAUAUUCGUUUUUAUUUAUUUAUUUAUCUAUUUUUCUGCGAGUUUUGGAAAUUUGUAUCUAAAUAUUCGUUUUCGUUUUCACUCAUUUUUAUUUAAAGGUCUGACAUAAAAACACAUACAAUUAUUUAUACUUCAGACAGACAGAGAGAGAGAGAGAGAGAGAGAGAGAGAGAGAGAGAGAGAGAGAGAGAGAGAGAGAGAGAAAGGAACAAGUAACCCAUCAAAAGCCUCCAUUUUCUGUUACUCCUCAGUCAAAGAAAAUGGAUGUAAACUUUUAUUCGUUCAUCAACAAGAAAACGCAAAUAUUUAAUCAUGUACAGGUCUUCAUUCUAUAAUACGUUUGCUUUCCCUAAUACCCGUACUAAUUCUGCGCUUGUAUAUUGAUAGCUACGUAACUGUAUUUUGCUGUGUGUGCGUAUGUUCAUGAUUUCAGUAUAUGUGUGUGUGUGAGUGUAUGUAAUUAAGCACGUGUCUGUCUGUAUGUAUGUUUGAGUGUGUACGUAUGACAGUUCUCACUCUAUUUGUUCCCAACGUUAAGAAACACACACUCGUACACACAUCUACCUACAUACUUGUCUGCACAGUCAUACAUGUCAUCUUGCUGUGUGUGUGUGUGCGUGUGUGUGUGUGAGUAGUCGUGUGUCACCUCCCAACUUCAUAUCUGUAAGUGUUUUUGAAGUGUGUAAGUAGUUGUAGUAGUAGUAGUAGUAGUGUUUGUUUGUUUGUUUGUUUGUUUGUUUGUUUUGUGUUUAUUUAAAGUCUUUUCUUUUUAUUAUUAUUAUUAUUAUUAUUAUUAUUAUUAUUAUUAUUAUUAUUAUUAUUAUUACUAGUUUUUUUCAGGCUUGUAAUGUCAAAAUGUUUCAUGUUUUCAUACCAAAUUGUGUUCUUUACUCACACACACACACACACACACACACACACACACACACACACACACACACACACACACACACACACACACACACACACACACACACACACACACACACACACACACACACACACACACCCUCGCGGUUGUGUUUAUCAGCUUGCUCAGAUAUUACAUUCCUCUUUUGGUCCUUUUCCUUAUCAAAAUACUCACAUUAACUACUACUACUAUUACUAUUAGUACUACUGUGAUGAACAAACACAUUCAUUUUUUACGUAUAUCAUUAUUUUGAGCGUACGAGCAUUUGUACUCAAACUAAACUCUGAUGAUGAUGAUGAUUAUUAUUAUUAUUAUUAUUAUUAUUAUUAUUAUUAUUAUUAUUAUUAUUAUUAUUAUUAUUAUUGUUGUUGUUGUUUAUUUUGUUUCAUUGUGUAUUUCUUUUCAGUUUUUUUCUUUUUUCAGUCUUAUUAUCACUAUUAUGUAUUUUUCAGUUUUUUUUAUUUAUUUAUUCAUUUCAUUUCAUUGCAUUUUCUGUUUAUUUCGUCCAGUUUUUUUUUUCUUUAAAUUCGCACUUAAUUCUAUCAUUUUUCGAUCAGUUUAUAAUUUUUUUUUUCCCCAGCGUUUUCAAAUUCACCACCAACAUAAUUUUUCCUUCACAGUUCAAUUUUCUCUUACUUUUCAUUUAAUCACCUUGGUCUGAAUAUAUACGUAAUAUUUUUUUUAUUUAAUCAUUUAGUCUGAAUACGUACACAAUAUAUAUUUUCUUUUUUUUUUCCAUAUUAUUAUUACGCACUGUAUAAGCGUUUUAAGUCGUAUUACGUAUAGGUAGACCCUCUUCCUAUACUUCUCUGGCCUGUACAUAAAUAAUUCUGUACCAUUGCAUACCAAAGAUGAAAAAUGCGUCGACUGGAAUCAAUUUUUACGUAUCUGUGUAUAUUAAAAGAUCAACGCGUGUGUAUUUUUUACCAUUAUUAUUAGUAGUAGUAUUUUUUUAGUUCAUAAGUUGUGUAUUUAGUGUUUUAAGAAUAUAUAUCAGUACCUCUUGUAUGUGCGUGCGUGUGUGUGUGUGUUUUUUAGGUUUCAGUAAUUAUAAUAGGUUGUGUUUUCAAUAUGUUGUAGAAAGAGAGAGAGAGAGAGAAUGCAUUUUUGUAUUAAUAUUAGACCUGAGAGAGAGAGAGAGAGAGAGAGAGAGAGAGAGAGAGAGAGAGAGAGGUUAUAACAAAACAUUCCUUAUCAAUUAUUUGUACGUAUUGAAUCACACACAUACAUAAGUUAGUGUUACGUAUGAUAUUUGCUACAUGCGCGAAUGAUUCCGGAGUCUUGCUGAAAGGGAGAAAUAUUUGUACGUUAAGUGAAGGAUUAACGCCUAUCUUCUUUUCGUAAUUCAGUCACAGUUAGUAUAGAUUUGUAUGAUAAGUUAUUUUUUUUUCUCUUUUUUUUUAUAUAAUUUGAAGUGUUAAUAAUAUACGUUUAUUUGAUUAUUAUUAUUUUUUUUUUUAUUUGAAGUGUUAAUAAUAUACGUUUAUUUGGCUAUUAUUAUUUUUUUUUUUUAUUUGAAGUGUUAAUAAUAUACGUUUAUUUGAUUAUUAUUAUUAUUUUUUUUUUUUUGCGUGAUCUCGAAUUAUUAUAGAUUUGUAUAUAUUUUUCUUUUUUGUUUUGUUUAAUAAGUUUAAUUUUUUCAGUGUGUGUGUGUGUGUGUGUGUGUGUGUGUGUGUGUGUAAUUUUAAAAUUUCGUGACAAGUUUUUUCUUUUUUUUCCUUCCAGAUGUUUAUAUAUUUUAGUCCCUUCCUUUUUUUCUUUUUCCCAAAUGUCAAAUAUUUCCAGAGGUUAAGAGAAUAUGUCUUGUAAAACAUUCUAUAACUUUUACGCCCUUCAAAUGUCAACGUAUCGUAUUAAGUAUGUUCUCAAAGUAAUUCAAGGCUUUACGUAAAAUAUUAUACCUUCAACAUCAAAUAUUUUCACACCCUUCAGCUGUCAAUAUUUUAUCAAGAGUCCUUUAUAAGACAAUGCUUUUACGUAACGUUUAGGUGGACAAGCGAGACUUCUAUAAGGUGAAUCGUGAGUGCUUUGAGAACUUCAGAUGUUACAUUGAAUAAGAUAUCUAUGUGAAGAGAGGAGGAGGAGUGGCAGGGUUGUGUGUGUGUGUGUGUGUGUGUGUGUGUGUGUGUGUGUGUGUGUAGAGGCAUUUGUGAAUUGUGUGUAAAUGCAUUAAAUUUACGUCUUCACCCACUGAUAUUUAAAAAUGUUUAUGGUGUGCUUUGAGAGAAAUAGGUGUGUGUGUGUGUGUGUGUGUUGGUUACCUUACACAUGCUACGUUUUUAGAGAAGUUUAUGAUGAAAAGCAAUUAUUUUAUUAGUGAGGGCAUUUUACGUGUGUGUGUGUGUGUGUGUGUGUGUAUAGCUUCUUGUGGCCGCCUCCAUUCCUUUGCUCCUCCACCAAUAAAUACUACAGCUAUUUCUGAAUCUCCACGAGUGAUAUUGUUCUAAAUGACGUAUUUCUCAGUUAUAAAAGUACAGAUGCUUCU